AUGCCGAGGCAUCCCGUCAACCAUUAUUGUUUGUGGGCUUACAAUGUCCGUCACUCAACCCACUUGAUACCUAGAUGUACACCAGCCGUGGAGAGCUUUCACCCACACUUUAUUCCCAAUUCUUCUGUUGAUAUCUCUCUAUCCAUCCAUUUAUCUAUAAUUCUGUUCCUAUCUAUCUAUCUAUCUAUCUAUCUAUCUAUCUAUCUAUCUAUCUAUCUAUCUAUCUCUGUUCAUAUCUAUCUACGCAUCUCAUCUGUUCAUAUCUAUCUAUCUAUCUGCCUAUUGAAGUCUGUUCAUAUCUAUCUAUCUAUCUGCCUAUUGAAGUCUGUUCAUAUCUAUCUAUCUAUCUAUCUAUCUAUCUAUCUAUCUAUCUAUCUAUCUAUCUAUCUCUGUUCAUAUCUAUCUACGCAUCUCAGUCUGUUCAUAUCUAUCUAUUUAUCUAUCUGUCAAUAUAAGUCUGUUCAUAUCUAUCUAUCUACCCAUCUGAGUCUUCUGUUCAUAUCUAUCUAUCUAUCUAUCUAUCUAUCUAUCUAUCUGCCUAUUGAAGUCUGUUCAUAUCUAUCUAUCUAUCUAUCUAUCUAUCUAUCUAUCUAUCUAUCUAUCUCUGUUCAUAUCUAUAUACGCAUCUCAGUCUGUUCAGAUCUAUCUAUUUAUCUAUCUGUCAAUAUAGGUAUCUAUCUAUCUACCCAUCUGAGUCUGUCCAUAUCUAUCUAUUUAUCUAUCUGCCUAUUGAAGUCUGUUCAUAUCUAUCUAUCUAUCUAUCUAUCUAUCUAUCUAUCUAUCUAUCUAUCUAUCUAUCAAGGUCUGUUCAGAUCUAUAUAUCAUGGUCUGUUCAUAUGUAUCUAUCUGUCUACCUAUCUAUCUACAGCUGUUCAUAUUUAUCUAUCUCGCUCUGUUCAUAUCUAUCUACCUAUUUAUCUAUCUAUCAAUCUAAGUCUAUUCAUAUCUAUCUAUCUAUAUAGUGCCUUCUCUUCAUUAUUUCUUCCUUUCUCUUCGUUAUAUAUCUAUCUCAUUAAUUGUCUGUAUUUCUAUUCACAUCUAUCUAUCUAUCUAUCUAUCUAUCUAUCUAUCUAUAAAGGUCUGUUCAUAUCUACCUGUCUAUCUAUCUAUCGCUAUAGCUCUAUUCAUAUCUCUCUGCUUGUUCAUAUCUAUCUAUAUGAAUCUAUUCAUAUCUAUCUAUCUAUCUAUCUAUCUAUCUAUCUAUCUAUCUAUCUAUCUCUAUCUAUCUAUAAUUCUCUAUCUAAAUAUCUAUGUAUAAUUCUCUUCAUAUCUAUCUAUGUAUAUUUCUGUUCAUAUCUAUCUGUCUAUAAUUCUAAUCAUAUCACUCUAUCUAUACAAACAAACACACAUCUAUCUAUCUAUCUAUCUAUCUAUCUAUCUAUCUAUCUAUAUGUUACAUAUUAA